AUGGGAAAGCGCCGCUGCCGCCCGCCCUGGGCCAAAGAGAGCAGCAGGGGGGCAUUGCCUGGCGAGUGCCUGGACCAGACCAGUGCAGAUGGCCGCUUCCCCACAGGCACGACGGUGCAAAAAGAGCAGUUCGUCCACGUCCCGCAAAUCGAGACGGCAGCCGCUGGAUUUUUCAAGGGAUCGGCAUUGCGUCAGCAGAAGGACCAGGUGCCAUUCUCGCUCUUCGAGUGGGCCGAUCCUCAAAAACAGAAACAGGAGGCGCCGACAAUCCUCCGACCGAUCUGCACCCGGCGACCGGCCUCUUCAGCUGCAAGGCCGCCGACCUGCGCCCUCAAUGCAGCAGGAGCACCGCCCCCCCGUCCACAGCCCGGAGCUCCUUCAAAGCUGCAGGAUCCGAGGUGA